AUGUUGCCACAUAAACUCGCACGUCGUGCAUCUUCGCCUGGAGCUAAUAAACUGAAUAAUUUGUUGUCCGGCUUGGAUGACUGUAUGGACCAUGCUGCUAAACGAAGAAAAACUGCGCCUAGCACUUCUGAACUUUCUGCAAAGCUUCAGUCGAAUGCAAAGGACGAUAUUAUGGACCCUGUUGAACGCCUCUUGAGCUUGACCUCGCUGGAUGGUGACAUCUUGCUGAAUAUAGAUGCCUCAGACUCUAACAGAAGCUGUAGCUCAUAUUCGAGCUACUCAUCGAUAUGCUCCGAUGACCUUGCAUCUCCUUGUUCAGACAUUCCAGCCAUUCCAUACAGCGCAGCACAUCAUAACAUUUCCUACAAUUUUUCCAAAGUUUUCAAUGACAACUUGAGAUCGUAUUAUUCAUCAUUUAGAAAGUCUCAGAUUGAAAUCCACAAUGAUCACUCACUGUUCUCUGUGUUGACGAGGCCUCGUGUUUCACCAGCGCCUUUCAAGAGACAAAAGCACCUGCGUUCAAGACAGGUUCCGUUUUUUAAGAAUGUCAACUUCAACCCAUCUCCUGAAUUUGGAAACAAACUUGAGGAUUACAUUGACUACAAUGAUGAUGACGAAGAAGUAUUCUCUGAGAAUGGUGAGCAGAACUCGUCUUCUUCAGAUUCUUCGCCUAUUUCAUCUCCACUUCCCACUCUCCAUGAUAAUCAUGGAAAGAUGUCAUUCCACUAUCGCAGGAACGAUGGGCUCAAUUUAUCGUUGACCGAUGAGCAAUCUCCGCAAGGACUUAACGAGGGGCUCAAGUUUUUGAACUCACGGUCCAUCAUCUCUGGACAGGCUAGUGAAACGAUUGGCGCUGCCAAAUUCAUGGUCAAUGAGUUUUUCUUCUAA